AAUAAUCGUAUCCCUUGAUCCCCGUAAGCCAUUUUUGUGUGUUUGCAAAUACCUUUUCCAAGAUUGGUAACCGUUCAGAUUUUAUUUCGAGACAAGAGCUCUCACAUCAGUGACAUCACUUGUUGCAAUGAGCAUGGAGAAUUGUUCAUCUUCAGCCGCAAGUAACAGGAUAAACGUGUAUUAUUGGACAAACAAACAGUUAACAGUUAAAAGAAAACGAUUCACUUGUCAAAUCAUCCCUUUCUUUUCAAUCAUUCAUCAUCCACACAAUAAAAGAAACCAAGGACUAAGAGCAUCGGUAUCGGGGGUCCUUAGGUCCGUCCCAUACGUAUUAAUGGGUUGAAUAUAAAUGAAAAAAAAAUUAAAAGAGAGUGGGACGGGCCUUAAGUAAGGGCUGUUCGGGCUCGUCCCGUCGACGACGUGGCAGCACGGGAGUGGCCGAUUCCAUCUGUGUUGUUCGCGUGUUCUUCUCCUCGAGGAAUCCAAAAUCCAAAAUUAAAAAAAAAAUUCGAAAGCUCGAAGGCGAUUGCGAUGGCGACGGCGAAGCCUUGAUCUCCAAAUCCAUCUCUUCAAAUCGAAAGGCAACCCUGCGUCUUCUCUCUUUCACUGGAGUUGGAGAUCGGUAUUAUCUUCGCUGGCGAGGUCGCAGCUUCCGGCGUCGUUUGAUCCCUCGAUCCUUCUCCAAAGCUCAAUCCACAUCGGUUCGCUUCCGUUCCAAAACGACGAGAAGCAAUCCUCCCCAAAACCAUUGAGAAUCGUCCCAAUCUUAACAAGGUAUGUUUUUCAAGUCCGAUCUGAUUUUGGAAAUUUUUUUAGGGUUUUCUAGAAAUUCGAAGAAUAAAAUGGUAUUUAUCCGAGUGUUUGUUAGAUUCGAUGGGAAAAAGAUAUAGAUUCAUUGGUUUGAGAACAAUUGUAUAGUUGCUAGGGUUCGGCAAUUUAUGAUAGUUCGUAUAGAUAUCCGCAGCUUUCUAUGGUUCGAUUGUAUGAUUGUUUCGUUGUAGCUUGUGUGAUUGUUUCAUGUUGAUUGUAUGGUUGUUCAAAUUUCUAAGUUUGGAGCUUUAGUAUAGAUUUCUAUGAACAAAUGUAUGAUUGUUUCGUAUAGAUUUCUAUGGUUUGAGAUCAAUUGUUUAAGUGGUUUAGAGUUUGAUUUGUCUGCAAAUUCGAACCCGUGAAAAUAAGCUCAUGUCAUUUGUAUAGAUUUGAUUCGUAUAGACUAAUAAUUUAGAGUUUGAUCCGUAAAGAUUUAAAUAUCUCAUGCCAUUUGUCUUGAUUAGCUUUUUCAUGAGACUUUGCAUUUUCCAUAGUUUAUAGAGUAAUGUUUAUUAAAAUCUUGCAAUAGUAAUGCAGUGAACUGAUUGUUUCUCUGUCUUCUGUUAGACAUUUAAGCCACUGAUGUUUUAAAAGAAAGUUGAUAGCUUUUUAGUUGUGUAUUAAGUUGGGAUUAGACAUUUCUUGUUCGGAGUUGGCCAUUAAGGCGGUGAUGUACUUUGUAGUCUUCACUUCCUCCUAUUUAAAUCUCUUCUCUUUUCUAUCUUCUAUCAUCUCAUUAGUCUUUUUCCAAGAAAUCUCUUAUAUUUUGUUACUGUUAUGGAUCCAAACAAUCUUCCUAGCAAGUCCUCUAGCUACGUAGGACUACUUCACAGUCAACAAGGUAGCGUGUUCCAUGAAAACUUUCCUUAUGAAAGUUUUCAUUCUAGUGUUAACUUCGGAGAAUCACAGCCUUUUCCGGCUUUCAGCUCACAACAAUCUCAAGAUGCACCAUUAGAGCCACCAGUACAGACACCAGCUGCCCGUGGUGUAAGGCGCAAAUGGAAUCCAGCAGAUGACGAGGUGUUGAUCAGUGCGUGGCUUAACACUUCGAAGGAUGCGAUUGUUGCAAAUGAGCAGAGGUCGGGGGCCUUCUGGAAACGGGUUGCUGCUUAUUAUGCAGGAAGUCCCCAUGGAAGAGAGGAUGGUGGGAGAGAGCACGGUUGUUGCAAGAAGAGGUGGCACAGAAUUAAUGAAGAUGUUAACAAGUUCUGUGCCGCAUACUCGGCAGCAGAGCGAGAAAUGAGAAGUGGUGAGAGUGACACUGACGUUCUGAAGAAGGCACAUGACAUUUUCUUCUCUGAUCAAGAGCACAAGUUCACACUUGAACACGCUUGGUGUGUGUUGAGGUUUGAACAGAAGUGGCUCAGCCUCAACACACCCACGACUGGUGGCAUUUCGAAGAGGAAGAAUGUGGAGGUAAAUUCCCAAACAUCUACCAACGAAGGCUUCGUUGAUGUUGAGAGCAGGCCCGAAGGUGUCAAGGCUGCUAAGGCUAAAAGAAACACGGGUAAAGGGACCACUGUGGCUGAGAUUGCGACCGUUUGGGAAAUGAAGAAGGACAAUUUGGUGAGGAAGGAGAGACUGUCGAGGCUAGCAAUACUAGACACUCUCCUUACUCGUACUGAACCAUUGACUGAGGCGGAAGUAGUUGUGAAGAAUAAGCUCCUAGCCGAGUUAUUCUGAAAAAAAAAAAUCAAGAAGAAGAUGUCUCUUUAUGUAUGAUAUUUUUAGUAUGCUCUAUGUUCUUGUUUGAUGUAUGUUCUAUGUUCUUGUUAGGUCCAUGUAGUCCGGUUUCCUUAAAUGAGUUUUUAUUAAUGAAUCAUUUUCUUUAAAUGUCUUCGCUCUAAAUAUGUGUAUGUAAUUUAAAUGUCGACAAUGUAUGCAGGUUAAGUUAAAAUGGGACAUUACAGCUAUACGCAACCAUCAGAAGAGGAGGAUUUAUUUGGAAACAAUGAGGACAGUGACUACAGCGAGACGGAUGAUCUCAUACGUUGUGACCAAGCUGAGUUAAGCUUGGAACGUACUCAACAGGUUCACUACCCUCCGCAACCGGAGGUUGAGUUUGGUUUUCCGCAGGUUUGCUAUUGUGGUGCUACGCCACUGCUUGCAACGUCUAACAUCAGGCAAGAUCAAGGCAGAAGAUUUUUCACUUGUGCGAACAAAGACGACGGCGAAUGCCAUGUCUACAAAUGGUGGGAUGAGGCGCUGAUGGAGGAGAUGAGAGCUAGAGAUAUCCACGUGCUUCAGCUAGGUGAAAAGGUAGAAAGCCUAACCCUUUUGAGUGACUAUGACACAGAGCAGAAGAUACGAAACCUAGAGAAGAUUGUGGGUGAUAUGGCUAAGGAGAAAUCUUCUUUUAGUUAUGGGUUUGAGUGUUUUAUAAUAGGCAUAGUUGUUCUUGUUGUUGUAAUAGGCUUGGUGGUUAUGUUUGGAUAAUUUUAACCGGCAUGGUUUGGGUGAUACUGAAAAAAACUUACUAGUAUUUUUUAUAUAGAUUCAAUGUUAUUUCAAAAAUGCGCCAACAUAGGGUGCAAUAAAAUGAUAUGUGUAAAACAUAGGGUGCAAUAACAUAUGUUUAGUACCUCAAGAACCGUGCUUAUUCAGAACCACGAUACGGACACGAAUGUGCCACCGAGGCAGAGAUCAUACAAGCUGCGACACUAGCCA